GAGUGACUUGUGCUUGAUGAGUCGUGCAGAAGACGGCCGCGCUGAUCGUCGCGUCUAUGUGAGAGGUUGUCGGGCGGCGAGGUGAGCCGGUGGCUAGAGGCUGGCAUGACAAGCGUUGACGCUUUGCUCGAAGAAGUCGAGGGGAGACAGGCGUUUAAGCGGGUAUCGUUUCCUCGAUGCGAUCAGCACCAGCAGAUUUGAAGAAGUGGUGGCAAGCCGUCGACGUUGCUGUUGUCUUUGUCUGACUGAAUGCAUGCCCAUCACGGCACGAGCGUCGACGCACCCGCUCCGCUCUCUCCGCGCUCCAUUCCUUCCGCGCUCACCUUGCCCUUUCGCGCUAACGACCACUUCCUCACAUGCUGCGAUGUCAGACGCUCACUCAUGUCACGAUUGUUGUUGUUGUUGAUAAUGAUGAUGAUGAUGAUGAUGGAUUGGAAGGAGAAGAGAAGAAUUGAGAUUUUGUCGAGCACACUCCGCGGCUCGAUCUUCGCGGGCGAAAAGGGUUUUAGGCGAGGAAGGAGGGAGAAGGAGGACGCGUCGCCCGUCUACGGUAGGAGCAGUCUAUCUAGCAACACACACCAGAGGUGGUGAUGAGGACAAGACGACGACUACUACAGCAAAGAGAGGUAGCUACACGAUUCCCCCACACUCCACAAUCCAAAUCCCACCGAUUUGUCAAGG